AACAACCUAGAAGUAUUUACUUCCGGUGAGGAAGCACAUGUGUUUGUUGUUGUGAUGUGACGUAUAUUAUACAUCUUUGCGCAAUAUAACAUCAUCUUCAGUCAUUACGUGUGUAAUAAUUGGAAUCAUCCAACCGCUUUGGUUCGGCGUGUCCUUUCAACAGUUAGAGUUUCCGGAAUAGAGUUUGGGCGCAACUGCAUCUGGAGAAGAAUGGUGAUAGCUAUUGGCUUUGAAGGCAGCGCUAACAAGCUGGGCAUUGGAAUUAUACAAGAUGGGGUUGUUUUGUCAAAUCCCCGUCAUACCUACAUCACACCUCCAGGAGAAGGUAAGCUGGGCCCUUUCAGAUCUAUAUAACACCUGUACAAAUAUCACAAGCUGGAGGCAACCUGGUUAAGUGUAGAAGGUAGAAUCAAUGGUUGCAGUUAUGAUUGUAUUCCAGGGCCAGGGAUGGGGGCACCGCUCGUAUCGACUGCUAUUGUGGCACGCACUGUGGCCCAGUUGUGGCAGAAACCCAUCGUAGCAGUCAACCACUGCAUCGGUCACAUUGAGAUGGGGCGUCUGAUCACCGGGGCCAAGAACCCAACAGUUCUGUACGUCAGUGGCGGGAACACUCAGGUGAUAUCUUACUCUCAUCGUAGGUAUAGAAUAUUUGGUGAAACAAUUGACAUUGCUGUUGGAAACUGCUUGGACAGAUUCGCCCGAGUUCUAAAGUUGUCUAAUGACCCCAGUCCAGGUUACAACAUAGAGCAGAUGGCAAAAAGGGGAAACAAGUUCCUGGAGCUGCCAUAUGCCGUGAAGGGGAUGGACGUAUCCUUCUCAGGCCUACUAUCCUACAUUGAGGAGCGAGCCCCUCAGCUGGUCAAGUCGGGGGAAUACACACCAGAGGAUCUGUGCUUCUCCCUGCAGGAAACGGUCUUUGCUAUGCUGGUGGAGAUUACAGAGCGAGCCAUGGCACAUUGCAGGUCCCAGGAGGUCAUGAUCGUGGGAGGAGUGGGCUGCAAUAAAAGACUUCAAGACAUGAUGGAGAAGAUGGCUGAAGAAAGGGAGGCAAUUCUAUAUGCUACAGAUCAGAGGUUCUGUAUCGACAAUGGUGCCAUGAUUGCACAGGCUGGAUGGGAGAUGUUUAAAGCAGGGCAGACUACUCCACUCAAUGAGACAAGCUGCACCCAGAGGUUUCGAACAGAUGAAGUGGAGGUGACCUGGAGGCAGUGAUUGCAGUAGGUAGUGACAUGGAAGAGAACACUCCAGAUGAUGUAAGACCCAGAUGUCCCCCAUCUCAAGACAAGGACUUGUCUCUUUGGUGGCUCUAAUAUGACAUGCUUUGUACAUAGGAACUUGUAAAUAAAUAUAAAUGACAUGGUA